AACCAAAUGGCGCAGUGGAACGUGUCACAAGAAGAUAAAAAUCUCCUACGCGAUUUGGUUGCUGGUUCUAAAGAGAAAAUAACUCCUGAAGUAUCGAAAUCAUGUAAAGAAUUCUACAAAAAAGAUGUCGUGAGCUAUAAAGAUUUGGUGAAUAUAAAAACGAAACUACCUGACGGUAUUCCUGUUUUCGUAUUCUUCGAUCGGUUAACACUUCGUCGCGAAGAUCAUACAUAUCAUGCUUCCGUAGAAUUUCGUAAGAAAACUGAAGAAUUGAGAAUUCAGCAAGAACAAGAUUCUUACAAGAGACUCAUCAGAGAUGUGGAUCCAGUACAGAAAUACGGAAAGACAGAUCAUAUGGAGAAUUUCGGAGUUGAAAUGCGAGCAGUAAAUCGUCAAAUGAUUUCGGUUAUCAACGUCGUUAUCACUGUAGUUGGAUCAUUUUUCUUCGGAUUCUCAGGGAUCACAUAUGCAUAUCCCCAUCUGAACCUAGAUCUUCCAACACGAUUCAUUUUUGGUCUCGUUCCAGCAACAAUCGUAUUCUUCUGUGAUCUCUAUUUUGUUGUUAAAGGAAUGGAUAUGGGUGAGAGUUCGGAGACGCAGCCAAGAGAGUCGACUGGGGAAACAUUCAGCUUCAAGAAUAUGGAAGCCAAGAAAAACGAUUAGAUUUCAAUUAAUUCAAAAAUUCUUUCAAUUUGGUUUUGAUCUUCGUUUGAAACUUUCACUUACAUGUGUAAAUAAAAUCCUAUGAUCAUUUAUUAGAACAAAUUUUGCAAAGUAAAAUUAUAAUUU